AUGGCGGACCAAAAUGACGUCGAUCUCGAUUCCAUCAUAGACCGUUUGUUGGAGGUGAGGGGCAGCAGGCCCGGAAAACAGGUGCAGUUGCUCGAGACGGAAAUCCGCUUUCUAUGCACCAAGGCUCGUGAGAUUUUCAUCUCGCAGCCGAUUCUGCUGGAAUUGGAGGCGCCGAUUAAGAUCUGUGGUGAUAUCCAUGGCCAAUACUACGACCUCCUCCGCCUGUUUGAAUACGGUGGUUUCCCCCCGGAAGCAAAUUACCUGUUCCUGGGCGAUUACGUCGAUCGAGGAAAGCAGUCCUUGGAGACCAUCUGCUUGCUCUUGGCAUAUAAGAUCAAGUACCCCGAAAAUUUCUUCAUCCUACGCGGCAACCACGAAUGCGCCUCGAUCAACCGCAUAUACGGGUUCUACGAUGAAUGCAAACGGCGGUACAACAUCAAACUGUGGAAGACCUUCACCGAUUGCUUCAAUUGCCUACCCAUCGCGGCCAUCAUCGACGAGAAGAUUUUCACCAUGCAUGGCGGCUUGAGCCCGGAUCUCAAUUCCAUGGAGCAGAUUCGCCGCGUCAUGCGACCUACGGAUAUCCCCGACUGUGGACUCCUAUGUGAUCUGCUAUGGUCCGAUCCAGACAAGGACAUUACCGGGUGGAGUGAGAACGACCGCGGCGUCUCGUUCACCUUUGGACCGGACGUUGUCAGUCGAUUCUUGCAGAAGCACGAUAUGGACCUCAUCUGCCGAGCGCAUCAAGUAGUGGAGGACGGCUACGAGUUCUUCUCGAAGCGUCAGCUUGUCACGCUGUUCAGCGCGCCAAACUAUUGCGGCGAAUUUGAUAACGCCGGUGCCAUGAUGAGUGUAGACGAAAGUCUGCUAUGCUCGUUCCAGAUCCUAAAACCAGCCGAGAAGAAACAAAAGUACGUCUACGGUGGCCUAGGCACAGGCAGACCCACCACUCCUCCGCGAAAGCAGACCAAGAAGAAAUGA